AUGACUCUAUCUGAUUCCCCUGUCCCCUCAAACUGGGACUUCACUCCAGUGCAUGACCUACUGCGGUCGCCUAUCGAUGGCUGCACUGCGAGACCUAGUCGCCACAAUGAAUCUACGAUCCCCUCGCUCGAUGAACAACAAGCCAAGAACGAUCCCCAUUACACCACUAAUGGCAGUCUCGUGGAUUUAAUUUCUCAGCGGAGUAACCCGAAGCUUGGUGACUUUGGUUGUCUUUGGGAGCUUUUCAACGGGACCCCUGCUCCUGCGAGCGUCACACCAAGUUUAGGGACCACAAAGACCACCAAGUCUGAGCAGAACAAAGCUCAGCCAUUCCUUGAAGAACUGAUUUCUACCUCAGUGGAAAGACCUGCCAAGAAGGUCUCAUUCUCUGGCCUUUUUGGCAUCGAAUCAUCUGUUCCCGUUUCGUCCAACACCUCUCGCAUCAUCAAUGAGCCAAAUCAUCGGGUUCUCAAGGACACCGGCACUGGCUAUACCUCCCAUUCUUCUUCAUCCCCAAAAUGGCAAGCGAUAGGUAUUCCUACCGAUUUUGGGGGUCAACCAUUUACUAUCUUGAAGCGGACCUCUGUUCAAGGGCCUUCUGGAACGAGUGCCAAUGUGAAAUUUGGUAUUCCACGAACACCCCCGGAGAUGAUUGCUAGCGCCAGAGUUAGUGAUCCAAGUGAUACUCCCACGGCAAAACCUAAGACUCGGUCUCGUGGAAAAGAUUUCCGAAAGAACACGCGCAACAAUCCAAUCACUUCUGAAGAAAGCGCUGGAAUCGACUCGGACACAAGCGUUGUGUUUGAUUAUCCUAUUUCUGAGAAACAUGUGGCCAUUAAAUUUGUCCCAUCUCAAGUCGGUACGCCUGAUGGGAAGAGUCGCCGUUAUGAUACCCCACCGUCAUCAUUUGAAGAUAACGAGUGGAUACUGAAUGCCGACACCAUUCGUGCGCGGUCUACCUUGCAUCAAUCGGCCGCUGAGCGAAGGGUCAACUUGAUGAGCAGACUUCUCGGCCAUUUUCCUGAUUACGCCAAAGUCGUGUCUCAAGUGGGACUGACUUUAGACCAUCGUCCCAGUGAGGGUAUUGGCUCGCGUCCUAUUCAUGUCUUUGUUGACGUGUCAAACAUCAUGGUCGGAUUUCACGAUUCGGUGAAAACCUCGCGAAAUAUUCCUCUCUCAGCCCGGAUUCGUCGUGUCCACAUGUCCUUCGCCAACCUCGCAUUGAUCAUGGAACGCGGCCGUCAGACCGCCAAGAGAGUCUUGGUCGGCUCGGAUCGUCUUCCCUCCGUCGAUGAAGCCGAGAGACUCGGCUACGAAGCGAGUAUCCUCGAACGUGUACACAAGGUGAAGGCGAUCACUCCUCGUCGCAAUAUCAAGUCGCGGAAGAAUCCUGGCUCUAGUUCCCAGGGUGGAUCUAGCGGUCCUGAAACGGUCGCCGCCUCUGGAGAGCGAUGGGUCGAGCAGGGUGUGGACGAAAUUCUACACCUGAAGAUCUUGGAGAGCAUCUUGGAUACGGAACACCCGGCGACGAUUGUUUUGGCGACGGGGGAUGCGGCAGUGGCCGAGUUCUCCGGCGGUUUCAUGAAGAUGGUCGAGCGCGGGCUACAGCGCGGUUGGCAUGUUGAGCUUGUCAGCUUUUCUCAGGGCACUAGCUACGCAUACCGGAAGAAGGAGUUCCGCAUUCGGUGGGGAGACCAGUUCAAGCUGGUUGAGCUGGACCGGUACCUGGAGGAACUGUUCGAGUAA